AUGGAUUUCGCCGCGCUCAUGUCGAAGGAGAUCUCCAAGGCCAAGGGCCCCGAGAAAUCCUCCGGCAAAGAGACCGACAAAAGCUCGACACAACCAACGAAGAAAUACAUGCGCCGAGGAGAUGUCGAAGCCGCACGUGUUGAGGCCUACAAGCAAGAGCAGGAGCGGUUAGCACGCGAGCGAGAAGAGCGCAUAGCGAAUAAGCGCAAGCUUGAUGAGGAAGAAGCAGACCGAAAACGCGAACGAGAGGACAAAAAGCGACGCCUAGCGGAGGAGUCAAAGGCGAGGAGACAGGAGGAAGAGCUGGCCAAAGAGCGUGAACGGCGGCGGAGACUCGGUCUACCCGACUUGCCUGAGGACAAGCCAGAGGAGGUUCCUGAGGAGGAAGAUAUCGAGGAGGACGAGCUUAUUGAAAAACUACGGGCAAUGGACGCACCUGCACGAUUGUUUGGGGAGGACUAUAAAGCUCGACUUCGACGAUACCGCCGCCUGGUCCAACGGGCAGCCAUCCCCAAGCAGAAGAUCACGGAUGGGCCUAUCCCUACAACAUUGGAGCCUGUCUCUGGUGCACAGAUGAUCAUUCCGGCAACGAUUCCCAAGGACCAAGAGAACCGACUCUUCCUUUUCCGGCAGUUGGGCUCAUACUUCAACAUGGUUUUGUCAGAAUGGGAAUUGGCUCUAGCAAAGCGGGAUGUCACCGUGCGGCAGAGUUUCCAGGGAAAGCAAGCAUACAAUGCUAUGAUCCAAUCCCGUGAGAACAUGACGCCGCUGUUCCGCCUCUUUGAGAAAUCAGACCUGGAAGAUGGAUUGCUGGAACCGAUUGUGGAGAUCGUGCACAAGGCGCAGCAGCGACGAUACGUCGAUGCAAACGAUGCAUACUUGCGAGUCAGUAUUGGAAAGGCAGCGUGGCCCAUCGGUGUGACUAUGGUUGGUAUUCACGAGCGAUCUGCUCGAGAGAAGCUGCACCAGAGCGAUCAACAAGCACACAUCCUGAGUGAUGAGAUCACUCGCAAAUACUUACAAAGUAUCAAGCGCUGUUUGAGCUUUGCGCAAGUACGCUGGCCCCCUGAGGAUCAGUUGCAGAUUAUGGGCUGA